AUGCCUUCCACGAAUAAAGCGAAGAAUGUAUUUGAUCAUGGCAAGACCUCAUCCUAUCACAUCAAGAGCAUCGCGGACUGUCAGCAGUCGGCCAAGUCAUCUGCUUUCAAGUUGGUGUUGAACCGUGGAUCGAGGAACAAGAGAUACGACUUUGAAGCCGAGAAUUCCAGAGUCGCUGCGGAGAUCGUGCAUAACAUUCGUAGCCUCAAAAACGCACUGGAGCGCUCUGGCACUGUGCAAAGGUCGAGGAGAAGUCGGCAGGUCGUUUGA